UGGAGCUGUGGCUAGGUAACGAUUUCGUAUCGAAUGGAUUGGCUGCCCGGGGCUUAGUUGCUCGGGAUGCCGACGCUAAAUUCCAAGGCCAAAAAUAUUCAAAAAAGAAAAGAAAAGAUAAGAUAAAAAAAAAGUUGAUACAAGCUGCCUGCCCCACGUUCCAUCUAGGUAUUCAUUCCAUCAGCUACCCGGCCACUUGUAUCCCAUCCUCCCAUAUUUCUGUACGCCGUGGUAAAACUCACCUCCAUACGCAACACCAUGGCUACCGCAACCCUCGUCUCGAGGCCUUUGCCUUCGCUUCCUGAAGGCUGGUCUGCCGACAAAGACUUCAAACCCAUCGGCACCAUCACCGCUUCCACACAGCGAACCAUUGAGCCUGUCGGACCUCACUUCCUCGCUCACGCCCGCCGAGCCCGUCACAAGCGAACCUUUUCCGAAGAUGACCGCAUCCAGGCCCAGGAACGUGCCCAGAAGGUUGAGAAGGAUGACGAGAGCGACGAGAGCGAGCCUGAGGACCCCAUGAUGCUGCAGCGCGAGGCCAAGGACUGGAAGUCGCAAGACCACUACCAAGUCCUCGGUUUGUCCAAGUACCGAUGGAAGGCCACAGAGGACCAGAUCAAGCGUGCUCAUCGCAAGAAGGUCCUGAAGCACCACCCUGACAAGAAGGCUGCCCAAGGCAGUACCGAAGACGACAACUUCUUCAAGUGCAUCCAGAAAGCCACUGAGGUGCUUCUCGACCCCGUCAAGCGCAGGCAAUUUGACUCGGUCGACGAGAAGGCCGAUGUUGACCCGCCGACGAAGAAGGAAGCAGCCAAGGGUAACUACUAUAAGCUCUGGAGCAGAGUGUUCAAGUCCGAAGCCCGUUUCUCCAAGACACAGCCCGUGCCCAUGUUCGGCGACGACAACUCCACUAAGGAAGACGUCGACAACUUCUACAACUUCUGGUACAACUUCGACUCAUGGCGCUCCUUCGAGUACCUCGACGAGGACGUCCCCGACGACAACGAGAACCGCGACCAGAAGCGCCACAUGGAGCGCAAGAACGCCAACGCCCGCAAAAAGAAGAAGGCCGAGGACAACACGCGCCUGAGGAAGAUGCUGGACGAGUGCUCCACCAAUGAUGAGCGUAUCAAGAAGUUCAGGCAAGAGGCCAACGCCUCCAAGAACAAGAAGAAGCUCGAGAAGGAAGCCGCUGAGAAGAAGGCCAAGGAAGACGCCCGCCUGAAGAAGGAGGCUGAGGAGAAGGCUGCUAAGGAAGCCGAGGAAAAGGCCAAGGCUGACCGCGAGGCCAACAAGAAGGCUAAAGAAGCUGCCAAGAACGCUGUGAAGAAGAACAAGCGUGUGCUGCGUGGCUCUGUCAAGGACGCGAACUACUUUGCUGCCGGCGAUGCCGCGCCCGCUCAGAUCGAUGCUGUACUGAACGACGUCGAGCUCGUGCAGGGUAAGAUCGAUGCUGAUGAGAUCGCCGCCCUUGCUGGAAAGCUUAAUGGUCUUACUAUUGCCGAUGAUAUCAAGGCCGUGUGGAGCGGCGAGGUCAAGAGGCUUGUAGAGGCUGGCAAGCUCAAGGAGGGAGAGGCGAAGACCUUCGUUUAAGGUAUAGAUAGAGCUAGGUAAUGGCUGAUGGCUGAUGCGCGGUAAAUAGAGAAAAUGGGUAUGAUAGAUGAGAUCAGCAGCACGAGCUGUAUAUGACUACAUAGACUUUGCUGAAGAUAUGCCAUGCUGAGUGAUUGUUUCUAUUCCAUUUCGAUGAUGCCAAGUGUGUGUUGUUCCACCUUCAAGACACUAUUCAUCCUGGUGGAGGUAUGAAGGUGGUCUGUCUUCUUGUCUUCUCCUUAUUUUAUAGGUACCUAUCUAUGUCUCUCUGGGCUUGGAACAUGAUGCUAUUCAUGAUAUCAUGAUAAACUAGGGCUGCAUGAGUCCUUGACCAACCAACUCCUUCU